GUAAGGGGGCCAUCUGCCGGCUGGAGCGCGCAGUGAACGGCGAGGUCUGCGCUCCUCUCCCGGCCCAGGCAGAGGUCGCCGGAGCGGCGUUAGGCUCCGCGGCGCGGAGGGGUGUCGGGGACGCUGCCGGGAGCGGGUAUUUUCUCCUGGAUAUUAACUUUUGAAUCUGAAGAAAUGGCAUUCCGGGCAGCGUGCAUGUUGGUUGGAGUAUUUAUCUGUUCUAUCUGCGUAAAAGGAUCUUCCUCGCCCCAAGCAAGAGUGUAUUUAACGUUCGAUGAGCUUCGAGCAACUAAGACUUCUGAAUACUUCAGCCUGUCUCACCACCCAUUAGACUACAGGAUUUUACUGAUGGAUGAAGAUCAGGACCGGAUCUACGUGGGCAGCAAAGACCACAUUCUUUCCUUGAAUAUUAACAACAUCAGCCAGGAGCCUCUGAGUGUUUUCUGGCCAGCGUCUGCAAUCAAAGUUGAAGAGUGCAAAAUGGCUGGCAAAGAUCCUACGCACGGCUGCGGGAACUUCGUCCGCGUCAUCCAGACCUUCAACCGCACCCACCUGUACGUGUGCGGCAGCGGCGCCUUCAGCCCGGUCUGCACGUACGUGAACCGAGGCCGGAGAUCCGAGGACCAAGUUUUCAUGAUCGACUCCAAGUGUGAAUCUGGCAAAGGACGCUGCUCCUUCAACCCCAAUGUGAACACAGUGUCUGUGAUGAUCAACGAGGAGCUUUUCUCAGGAAUGUACAUCGAUUUCAUGGGGACUGAUGCUGCCAUUUUUCGAAGCUUAACCAAGAGGAAUGCUGUCAGGACGGAUCAGCACAAUUCCAAGUGGCUGAGUGAACCCAUGUUUGUGGAUGCCCACGUCAUCCCGGACGGCACUGACCCCAACGACGCCAAGGUGUACUUCUUCUUCAAGGAGAAGCUGACCGACAGCACCCGCAGUGGGAAGCAGAUCCAUUCCAUGAUUGCGAGGAUCUGUCCCAACGACACCGGUGGCCUGCGCAGCCUCGUGAACAAGUGGACCACCUUCCUGAAGGCCCGGCUGGUGUGCUCGGUCACUGACGACGACGACGGCCCCGAGACGCACUUCGAUGAAUUAGAGGAUGUGUUUCUUUUGGAAACCGAUAAUCCAAGGACCACACUGGUGUAUGGUAUUUUUACAACAUCAAGCUCUGUCUUUAAAGGCUCUGCAGUGUGCGUCUACCACCUGUCUGACAUACAGACCGUGUUUAAUGGGCCUUUUGCCCAUAAAGAAGGACCGAACCAUCAGCUGAUUUCCUACCAGGGGAGAAUCCCGUACCCUCGCCCUGGAACUUGUCCAGGAGGAGCGUUUACACCCAACAUGCGAACCACCAAGGAGUUCCCAGACGAUGUGGUCACUUUUAUCCGGAACCACCCGCUCAUGUACAACUCCAUCUACCCGGUCCACAGGCGGCCCCUGAUGGUGCGCAUAGGCACAGACUACAAGUACACCAAGAUAGCUGUGGACCGUGUGAACGCGGCCGAUGGUCGGUACCACGUCCUGUUUCUGGGAACAGAUCGGGGCACCGUACAGAAGGUCGUCGUUCUUCCGACCAACAGCUCUGCCAGUGGCGAGCUAAUUCUGGAGGAGCUGGAAGUGUUUAAGAGUCACGCUCCCAUAACAACCAUGAAAAUCUCACCCAAGAAGCAACAGCUGUACGUGAGCUCCAGCGAGGGCAUCGCGCAGGUGUCCCUGCACCGCUGCCGCGUCUACGGCUCGGCCUGCGCGGACUGCUGCCUGGCCCGGGACCCCUACUGUGCCUGGGACGGCCACGCCUGCUCCAGGUUCUACCCCACCGGGAAGCGGCGAAGCCGAAGGCAAGACGUGCGACAUGGGAACCCACUGACGCAGUGCAGAGGCUUUAACCUAAAAGGGUACAGAAAUGCAGCUGAGAUUGUUCAGUAUGGAGUAAAGAACAACACCACCUUUCUGGAGUGUUCCCCCAAGUCUCCGCAGGCCUCCAUCAAGUGGCUGUUACAGAAGGACAAAGACCGGAGGAAAGAGGUAAAGCUGAAUGACAGGGUCAUCGCCACUCCGCAAGGCCUCCUGAUCCGCUCCGUCCAGGAUUCCGACCAAGGCCUGUACCACUGCAUCGCCACGGAGAACAGCUUCAAGCAGACCAUCGCCAAGAUCAACUUCAAAGUGCUGGAUUCAGAAAUGGUGGCUGUGGUGACGGACAAAUGGUCCCCGUGGACCUGGGCCAGCUCCGUGAGGGCUCUGCCCUUCCACCCCAAGGACAUCAUGGGUGCGUUCAGCCACUCAGAGAUGCAGAUGAUCAAUCAGUACUGCAAAGACACUCGGCAGCAGCAACAGCAGCAGCAGCAGCAGCAGCUGGGCGAGGACGCACAGAAGCUGAGAGGGGACUACGGCAAGUUAAAGGCGCUCAUCAAUGGCCGGAAGAGCAGGAACCGGAGGAAUCAUUUUCCAGAGUCCUAAUACUGCCUUCCGUGGGGCUUCCACUUCCGGUAACAAAUGCUCCAUCUUUGAUGAGCAAGUGCUGGGCAAAAUACCUGUGCUUUUCCCGUGAGAAAUCCCUGACAAACGAUGGUGGCUUUCUCCUCAGUGACCUUUAGGUGGACUGAAACGAGCAUGCAUUUUCCUGUACAGUAUCGACCAGCACCAGGCACGUCCUGUCCUCAUGGUGCAUAUGAAUAUUUAACUUAACCCAGAUUUUAUUUAUACUUUUAGUCAUCUUCUCUUCAAAACCAACUUGGUGGCUGCAGAGGAGGAACUGUUGCGUCCUGAACUGAACAGGGCCAUAACCCUGUGAUAUGUCUUCCCUGCUCAAAGGGUUUGGGUUUCUAAUUGUCAGCGAUUUUAUGAAUGAAACCGAUUCCCAUUCAUAACUUUCACAUAGUAAAAGUCAUAUAAAAGCAUGUAACAGAACAGCCAUGAAAAGAGGUAGAAUAAUAGCUCAAUGACAAGAAAGCAUCUAGAUAUUGCAUAAAAACAUGAAUGAUUGAUAAAGAGGAAAUGAUAAAUUUAUAUGCUUCCAGUGAAAUUUAAUAUUCUUUUGAGUUUGUUAAAACUGUCGGUUGCUGAUAGCUGUUACUGAUCUUCUCAGUCCAGGAAGAUAAGAUGGAUAAUCUAUACCAUAAGGAUCUUUGAAGGCAGUUAUAUGGGUGACACUUUUAGGUUUUAUAUAGUUAUAUUAUCAUCUUCCAAACAAAAGCACUUUCCUUUUAUUGGAAGUUAUUUAAGUUAUUAUAGACUUAAAUGUAAACUUAAAAUAUUUAAUUGAUUACUGUUUUGAUUCUAAUUUUCUUGUCUGUGUGGCAACUUAAAAAACAGAAGAAGAAGACAUUUUUACAGCAUCAGACUUCUCCAUGAGGGGUGACACCGUCAAUAUCAAAGGAAAAAACAAUAUUAUCAGGAGAAUUUAUAGCAAAUAUGGAUAGUGUUCGUACCUCUCAUAACUAAGUCUGGCAAUUAAGCCUCAGUUGAAAUAAACAGUUUCACAUAUCAUAGUGACUUUUAGACAACAUUUUAUUGUUUUAUACUUAUUUAUAAAGAAAGGAAAAUAUAUAUAUGUGUGUGAACAAAAAUAGACAUUCUUUAUGAAGCUCUCAGAUGUCUAUGUUUGUUCUUAUUAUAUUGUUUUUUCCUCCCAAAUAGUCUUUGAAAAGGAUGAUAGUACCUAUCUGUGUUCAAUGAUCUAUGAAUGUAAAUGUGGCAAGGUUUGUGAUAGAUAAGUAUCUUCUAAUUGCAUUUGGGGAUAGUUCUAUUAAAAUAAUUUAAUAAUAAAAUUAUUUUCUCCAAAUUAAAACUUAAGUAAGAGACAUGUGAGAAAAUUUUCUCAUAUUUUAGUAUUUCUUUGAAAAACACAACUUUUGUAUUAUUACUUAUUUUUAAGACAUUUUUGUUUCUAGGUCAAAACACAAAUUGUAGCCCUUACCUGUUCAAAACUCUAGUACAAAUAUUUAUUUCUAGUUAGUAACUCAUGAAGAAAUAACCAAGACAGAUAGCUCACCUUUUUGAACAUUGCAGUAUAAAAGCCCAGGUAACUAAAAUCACAGCUGAGAAUGUAGGUCCGCCGUAGAACACAUGCUUAGCACGAAAAGGUUCUGCAUUUGAUCCCACUUUCAAAUAAUGUAAGCCUAAAAAAACUAAGAUAUUGAGCCAAAGGAAUGUGGUCAUUGGUUAGAAUCUACAAUUGUAAUUUAUUUAUUAUGUAGGCGGUUAUAAAUUUCCGUAUUCUAAGAGGAGGCAUCAGUAUUGCAAAAGGAAUUAUUCAGAUGCAUACCGUGAAUGAUAUGCAUUCGUUAGAAACUAUUGUCUCAGAUGUAUGUGAUUUAAAUAAUCUCUACAGCAGUUUAUUAGAUAAAUGGCUUUCCCACUGAAGAGGUUACAUGUGUCCCCUCCUCUACAUGUACAUGUAACACCGUAGGUCACUGUGGAGCCCAAAUUGCCCCUUGUGUUCGUGGUCACACUGUUCACUGUACCGAGUGAAAAAGUCAAUCGUGUUAGAACCACAGCUCCCUCCUUCACAGAGGCCCGAACUGAACGGGGAGACGGCAGAUGGUGUUUAGUUUUAUAUCAUUUGUGCUAUUUAAUGCCUUCUAUUUUGAACGAUGUUGAAUUGUACAUACUUGUCUUCCUUUUCUUUUAAAACUACACAAAUUCUUCUCGAACACGACUCUGCCAAAUAUAAAGACAGUUUACUUUCCAAAAAUUCUGUCAACGUAUACUGAGUAUUGGUGGUUGACUGGUUUUGUUAUAUGUAAUUUGGCAAUGGAAUGGCUUAACAUGUUUUCCAUUUGUAUUGUAUAUAGAAUUUCCUAGAAAUGCACUUUCCCCCUCCCAGAGUGUAGGUUUGUGGAGAGAUUCUGGCAUAAUGAAGCUGUCACUUCAGUCUAUGUUUGUCCUGUGCUGGAAACACUGAAUGUGGUUUUCACACUGACAUUUAAUUGGAUAUUGAAGGAAUCAUUUGUCUGGCAAAAUAAAACAUUCUGACUUCCCCCAA